UUUUCACUGAUGCCUAGAUGAAGAAGAAGAGGUGGACAACUCACAGUUUGCAGAUUGCCCCUAAGCCCUCCUUGGAUGGAAAGAAACGUGGCAAAAGAACAGGGUUAAGCUUCAGUUCAGGUUGGCGCAAAGCAACGUGGUUGCAUAGAACGUGGGACCUUGAACUGCAGGAUCACGGCUAAUUUUUAAAGCAUCAUGGUAUUUGAAUAGCCUUUUUAAAAAAAUAUCUCUGCAAACUCCUUUCUGUACAAAUUGACUUGCCGUCGUCCCCUUGCUGUGGAAAGAGCCGCCUUUUGGAAGUGGUUAAUGGUGCCACGGGUUUCUCCCUAACCCACAAGACAGUGCAGUCUUGUGACACUUUUUAAAAAGUGGUUGCCCUCCCCAGAACAUCUGGGGCAGAGGGCAUCUCCCAGCAUUCCUCACGGCGCUGACCCCGACUGAUCGCUAUUCUACAGCCCCUCCCUCUCCUGUGCAAAGCAUAGGCUCCUCCCCUUUGGAGCCUUGCUCUGCCCCUCUGAUUUCCUCUGCCAGGACACUGCCCCCUGCAGGCAGAGCCAUGAAGCUGCAGGCCGUCAUGGAGAACCUGCAGCGCCAACAACGUGCCCGGCUGCAGCAAGAGAUGGAGGCGCGGCAGCAACAGGACCAGCCGCAGAGCAAUCCUCUGCCCCUCCCUGCACCAAAUCCGACCAUGUUGUCAGCCCCUGGCAUCACAGCAUUGCCCCGUGGCCGCAGCCAGGAACCCCCUCUCUCUGAGGAGGGGGCAGAACCUGACACUGCCCGGAUCCAGAGGGCACAGAUAGCGGCCUUGGCAGCUAUGCGGGCAGCUGCGGCUGGCCUCAGACAGUCAUCCAGCCCAGUUGGGUCGGAGGAGAGCCAUUCUUCAGAGGAAGAAGAGCUUGUUGGGGAAGAAGAGGAGGAAGAAGAGGAGGAGGAGGAAGAUGGCGAAUACCCCCGAGAAAUAGGCUCAGACGAAGAGGAUAUGAAGGGCAAGUGGGUUGAAGAUUUUGAAGAAGACCUGGGUGAGGAGGAAGAAGACUACGAGGAAGAAGAAGAAGAAAUGGUGGAGGGAGGGCUUGGCUCCAGUGCAGUGGCUACAUCAAACCCUGGCACCGCAUUUCUGCACAAGCAACAGACCCCCCAGCAAUACCGAGGAGAACCUUCCAGACUGGUAGGGGGGCAAGAACGGGGCCAUUCUGGGGUUCCCCAGCAAAGCCUGUCACAGUUGCAGCCCCAAGUCCUGGACCAUGGAGAUUGGACUUAUGAAGAACAAUUCAAGCAGUUAUAUGAACUUGAUGGAGAUCCGAAAAGGAAGGAAUUCCUCGAUGACCUCUUCAGUUUUAUGCAGAAACGAGGGACCCCUGUGAACCGAAUCCCGAUCAUGGCCAAGCAGGUGCUGGAUCUUUAUAUGCUCUACGUUCUGGUGACCGAGAAGGGCGGCUUGGUGGAAGUGAUCAACAAGAAGCUGUGGAGGGAGAUCACCAAGGGCCUGAACUUACCCACCUCCAUCACCAGCGCCGCUUUCACACUGCGUACCCAGUAAGUCACAGGAGGUGCCUUCCCCAACUUGAUUUCAGGACAGGUCGAGGCAUUUUAAGGAGCAAUAUUUGUAUAGAGAAAGAGGAAGAAUUUGUUUCAGUGGGAAAAUGACUGUCAUGCAUGAAGACUAUACAAGAAUAAAUGGAGGAAUCUCUCCCAGUCCAGUAAGAAACAGAUCCCAAUAAAGGAGAAU